AUGAGUUUUGAUUCAACUUCAUCAUUGGGUUCUAUCAAUACGAUAAAUGUUUAUCCACAUCGUUCAUCAACCAUUCUUUCAAAUGCAAGUUCAACGGAUGAGUCACAUUUUCAAACUGUUUCUGUUUAUUUAUAUUCAUUUAAUCCGGUUUCUUAUGAACAUCGAAUUAGCUUUGAUUUUCAUAAAUGGGCAACAACCGAAGAACUUAUUGAAAAAGUUUUACAACAAAAAACGGUAAAUUUUCCGGAAUAUUAA